UAGACCUUUAAGUGAUAUGAUUUAACCUGCAAUGUCUUUAACGAGUUUAAUAAGUCAAUCUUUUAAUUUAGAAACUGACCCAUUUUAUUAUUAUCAGACACCGUCUACUGUUAAAAGAAAAUUCGAUGAGAUUAAUGACGAUAAUGGUAUGAUAUCAAAUAAACUUUAUUGUAAAGAUUAUAUGUCAAAAGAAAUUGAAUUAGAUAUUAAUAAUCAUAAUAAUAAACAUAAUUCCAGAGAAUUUGAAUUUGAUAUUAAUACUCUUUAAUUUUUCAAAGUGGUUUUUUUAUUUUUAUUUUUAUUUUAUUAUAAUAAUAGAUUAUUUUUAGUGCUUUUAGG